AAAUAUAAAAUCCGUAAAAUUCUAAACCAAAUAAUUUUAGUAAUGGAAGUAUUUAUUAAUUCUCUACUUAACUCUAUCAUUAUCUUCCCCCAUCAAUCACGCAUUCACUUGUCAAAUAUUUUAUUUUAACACCAAUCUGUCAUCUCAUUCCCCUCCCUCCGGCUUAUCACCAUUUUGGACAUUAAAAAUUCAUGUUUUAAAAUAAAUAAAUCCAUUGGAACUGUAAAUUAUCAAGUGUCAACCACAAAAAAACGUGUAAAAUAAAUUGAAAAAUUAUUAUAAGUAUGGAGGAACCUAAUCUACGUAGAUAUUAUCGAGCUCCUGCUUACAAUUGGAUUAUAUGGAAAUAUAUGGUUCUAGACAAUGAUCUUCGAGCUUUUUUUGGAAUCAGCCAUGACUGUGGAUUUGUUACAAUGAUUACUAUCGUUUUUGCUGUUGUUAUUCUCAUGUAUUCUCUUCUGAGCAUAAAAGUCUCCAAGUCAAACGAAAGAAUGUGUCGAGCAUUGCAAAAUGAAACGACUGAGAAGUUGCCAAGGAAGCGCAGCAUUUUGAGUGUAAGGCCAGCAUACAAUUGUAUACACAAGCAUUUACAGCAAACUGACGUCUUUCAAGAAAAGGCCAAGAGAACAGUGCAUAAGGAGUGUCUAGAGGUCGAGUUGAUGCAGAGCCGGAUAUUUUGCAUGAAGAAACUUUUAGAGCCUGCCGAGGGCCUCUCAGUUUUUUAAUAAAAUUUAUGCUUGGCUCGAAAAUCGUCUGAUAGCGAAGGAGGAAUUGGGAAGAUAAAAGAAAAUGAAAAUAUAAAAUGGACGCAAUAAUUUUCAUCUGCACAGAAAACAGCAUUUCUACGUAGAGGUCUGCUAACGAGCACUAAUAACCCGUAGUGCUGUUGGGCCUCGCUUGGGAAAAUAUAUACAACAGAAAAGUUGGUGUAGAAAACGAGCUCACCACUUUGAAACAUCGGCUCGUUAGCGCACAAUUCUUUUCGAGAGGUAGUGGAUAAAGAGUCGAUCGUACGGUAGCUUAACGUCAACUAAUUCGAAUUAACGAAGCUGCCAAGAUGAAUUUACCAAGAAGACUGUUAAAGUAUGCUAAAAAGUUAACAUUACUGACAAAUUGAUUGUUUUAUUAACAUGCAUGUUGUUAACGUGACGUCAAAUUUUAUUUUCUGCCCUAGUUUUAUCACGUUAUAAGCUCUUAUUUCAUUAACUACAACUUUAACUUAGUGAAUUAUUCAAGAAUACUUCACUGAUAAUAAUCGUAAAGAAUACUACUGCGGGAUAUAAAUGUCCUUCUGAAAGGAUAUAAACCAGUUUCCAGGAAUCUAUUUAAUAAAUAUUUAUUUCACAGUUAAAUAUUGGAUUAAC